UAGAGUGUGGUAGCAUUCGGGCUCAGUGGCUUGGGGUAUUUUUUUUUUGGUGGUGACCUUAUUUUUGAAAAGUGAAUUUAAAAAAAAAAAAAAAUAAAAAAUUAAAUUAAAAAAUAUAAAAUUGAAUAAUAAUUAAUUAAGAAAAAUGUAUAACCAAGAAGAUAUGAGAAAAAUAUUCAAACUUGCAAUUAUCCUUUUGUUGUGUAGUGAAAUGCAACCAAGUGACACACAAUUGGAUUCAUAUGAAGAUCGGAUAUUGUAUUAUCGUUCCGAUAAUAAUGCCACCAUUGCCACCUUGGAUAGCAGUAAAUAUCAUGCCUCAAUUAGACUAAAAGAAAAGGAUGGACGUUAUGGUGCUGGUCAUAUAUGCUCAGGUGCAUUGAUAGCACCAUCUGUGGUCCUGACGGCAGCUAGCUGCGUAUAUAAUUAUGCUGACAAUAAACCUUAUCAUCCCUCCGAACUGAAAGUGGUCUUGGGUUCUGUGGCACGCUAUCAACGGCACGAGCAAACUUUAAUCUACAGCGUGACUCACAGUUAUCAACAGCAAACCUUCGAUGCCAUAAAGCUACGUGACAAUUUGGCCAUUCUAAUGUUGGAACGUGAUGUACCCGAAAUGAGUGCAAACAUCAAACCGAUUACUUUGCAAGCGUACAACACCAAUUGGUAUGGCAAGGCCGGAGAUAAACAAUUUAAGGUUACCACAUGGUUGCAAACCCAUGAGGGGUUGUUUUUGAACCCGUUGAUGUUUUUGGAUGCCAAGAAAAUGGACAGUGAAGAUUGCCUAAAACUCUAUGGUCCUGUCUAUGCUGCUGGUAUGCUGUGUAUGAGUACCGCGGAAUCGGGAAUGAUCCAUGACAUUGGCUCUCCCCUAUUUCUGGAGAAUAAAUUAAUAGGUGUGAUGAGCUUUAGUGAUGGUGCCAAGGGUCCUGCCAUUUAUACUGAUGUUACGUAUCACAGUAAAUGGAUACGUGAAAUGAUCGGUGAUGGCCGCAAUAAAAAUAGCUCUGUUUGGGGUAUGUUGGGUUUCUUAGCCCUAACCUGGUUGGCUCUGAAGCGCACAAAGUAUUUUAAGUCUUCUUAAAUGUAAACUCAGAUAUAUAUUCGUAGUUAUAAGUUGAAGAUCUCGUUGUAAAUUGCUUAUUGUUAAAAUAGCUUUAGGUAAAAGCAAUUAUUUAUUAUUUAUUUAUAGAGAACCCCAAAUAUUUAAAACUGUUUUAUAGUUUUUCCAAAAAAAUAUCUGCCAAAUAAA